AAUCCACAGAAGUCUGGCAUUGCUAACCCUUUAAAUACGACUCAGCUCUUAAUCCUCCUCCAAUUCCACCCUUUGAUUGGACACAUCAAUUUCCUGUUUUGUUUCCCUUGGUUUCACCACUAAACGGAAAUGGCAACUCCCCUAGAGCAGUGCAUGACUACAAUGGUCACCACUUUCCACAAGUAUUCCGGCAAAGAAGGCGACAAGUACAAGCUAAGCAAGGCCGAACUGAAGGAGCUGCUUUGCAAGGAACUGCCCAGCUUCAUGGGGCAAAAGAAGGAUGAGGCCAGUCUCCAGAGGCUCAUGAGCAACCUGGACAACAACAAAGACAACGAAGUGGAUUUCCAGGAGUUCGCUGUCUUCAUGUCCUGCGUUACUAUGAUGUGCAAUGACUUCUUCCAAGGCUAUUCUGAAAAGAUGCCACGGAAAAAGUGAAAAAAAGAAAAGAAAUGGGAAGGUUGUGGAAUGAUGUCAGCCCUGGUGGCAGCUACGGAGAUUCUCCAUCGGCCUUCCCCUGCAUAUUAAAACCUUCCUGAUUCUUCUAUGGCCUUCCAUUGUAUGCGGGAAUUAUUUAUCAUGUCAAUUUCCCCAAUAAAGUUAGGUUUAGAAUAA